AUGGAGGGGCUUAUUGAGGUACGGCGUCUGAUGGACGAUGUGCAACCUGCUGCGCAUGUGCUGCGCAUGUGCUGCGCAACCUGCUGCGCAUGUCGGAGAGAGGGGCACGAGGAGGACAUGCUGGCUGCACUUAAAGCCGACCUGAGCCGCGGGCGCAUGGAAGCGCUUAUUGAGCGCGGGUGUGAUGCUUGUGUGGCGCGCAUGGCGGAGGAGCACGAGGACGACAUGCUGGCGGCGCUCAAGGCGGACCUGGGCCGCGGGCGCAUGGAGGCGCUCAUAGAGGUGUGGCAUUGCGUGUGUCGCCUCAAUAGCCUCUCCCCUCCUUCCCCCCGCCCCACACACCACACACCACGGCAGGUGGGCACGCCCCUGACGUUGAGGCCAGGCCGCUCUAAGGUGGUGUAUGAGCUGCUGGGUGUGUUUAGAGGCGCCUCGAAAGGCGCCUCAGAGGUCGCUACCAAAGUCGCCAAAAUCAUCUUUCUCUUCCCCCCCCCUCUCCUCCAGGUGGGCACACCACUGACGUUGAGGCCAGGCCACUCACAGGUGGUGUAUGGGCCGGGCCGCUGGGUGUGUUUCGAGGCGCCUCAACAAGGUGCCUCAACAGCCUCUCCCAUCCUUCCCCCCCCUCUCGACCAGGUGGGCACGCCACUGACGUUGAGGCCAGGCCAUUCAGAGGUGGUGCAUGAGCCGCUGGGGGUGGUGCUCAUCAUCUCGCCCUGGAACUUCCCCCUCCUGUUGAGUUUGGAGCCGCUGAUAGGAGCCUUAGCAGCGGGCAACGUGGUUGUUCUCAAGCCAUCAGAACACUCCCCCUCCUGCUCGCACCUGCUCUCGCGCCUCCUCCCCCUCUACCUCGACUCACAGGCCGUGCAGGCACGUGCUGCAGGUGCUAUCCCAGGCAGGUGCUAUCCCAGGCAGGCAGCACUGCACAGCUGGGAUGGGUGCAGCUGCGGUGGGGAUGGGCUGCACGCAUGGCUCCAUUCACCCCUCUUCCCUGCAUCCCGCCCUCACCACCGCCCCUCCCCUCGCCUCGCCUCACAGCGACCACGCACGCGACACACGCACAGGCAAGGGGUGAUGCUGGUUGAGAAACCGCCUUCUUGCUCCUUGACCCCCGCCUGCCUUCCUCGUUUCAUGCCAUGUGAGGCACAGGCAAGGCACAGGCAAGGCACAGGCAAGGCACAGGCAAGGCACAGGCAAGGCACGGUUAAAGCGCCUCAGAAGGUCACCCAUUCCUCUUCCCUUGUCCCUCGUGAAACCUCUGCCCUGCCCCUGCCGCGCAACCAUCAGGUGGUGGAAGGCGGCCCGGAAACAGCCAAGGCACUGCUGGGGCGGCGGUGGGAUAAGAUCUUCUUUACGGGUGGCACGGCUGUGGGGCGCAUUGUGAUGGAGGCGGCCAGUAAGCAUCUGACACCUGUCACUCUGGAGCUGGGCGGCAAGAAUCCACUGUUCAUCGACGAGUCUGCUGACCUGGAGGUGCGUGCUGCUGACCUGGAGGUGUGUGCAUGUUGUCUCGAGUGCAACGUGCAUGUUCCAUAG